UUUGUGAGGUGUAUAUUGUAAACAACAUAUAAACAUAAAUGCUAAAUAAAAAUGCAACUUGCAUGAAAAACAUAAAAAAUUACAAACAAGUUAAAACUAAGGUACUGCUUGUCUCAUAACCACCAAGAAAUUGAUGACAGGAAUCCAAAGGAAGAAAAAGGGUCAAAGGAAAACAAAAAAGAAGAAACUAACGUGGUGCCAAAGAUGCAGGCGCAGGAUUUGCAAAUGGAUUUAUAGAAGGUUCAAACGAUGCUUUAAGAAACAAAUUUUCGGUGUUCCUGAUCCACAACUAGAAGAUUACGAAGUUGCGGGUAUUAAUUUGGGUGACGUUAGAGAUAAAUUCACUAAAACCAAAGACACGAAAUCCAUUAAAUCGGAAACGAAAUCCACGAAAAAUAUUUCUGUGAAGAAACCUUCAGUAAUAACUAUUUAUAGAAAUAGAAAGAAGUCAACAGCAAGUGUACCAUUCAAAGAAAAGCUUAUUAACGAAUUCGAUAAUGUGUCCUUGAUAAAACCGAAUAUCAGCAAAUUAAAGUCUUACGUUGAUGAUUUAAAAGAAAGAAACUUAUACAUUGGCUUAUCCAAAGAUUCAUUGCUUAAUUUAAAUAAAAGCAAAAGAGAAUAUUUUAGUAAAAAAGCAGAGGAAUAUGAAAAGAAACAUGGAUACAAUUCGUACAUAGAUCUCAAAUUACUUGAAAAUUUGAAUAAGAGUGAACUUAUGAAAAGACUUUCAGUUACUUCAUCAAAACAUGAUGUAGUAAGGGAUAUGCUUAGUGACUACAAAAAGAAAAAGUUUUCAAUAACUGGAUUGUUCAGUAAAUCGAAAGUUGACAUAAACAAAUUAGAUAAAAGAGAUAUUCAAAAAUUGCUGCAAGAAUAUAAAAAUCAAAAGAAACGUUACUCCUACGUAAAGCAAUCAAAAAUUAAGCAAUUCAAAUCAGAUUUAAGGGCGAAGAUUGCUCAAAUUGAUUGA